GGUAUUGUUUGCUGUCGUUCAUUGCCACAACUCAACUCACCCCCAGCCGGAUGCAGACGCCAACAAAACCGUCUUCGCUAAAGAAAACCAUUCGGACACAACCACCGAAGUAGAAUGGUACGCCCUGUCCGACGAUUCCACUGAAUUCCAACCGUUAAAACUCAACCAGCAAUUUUUGCAAUGGUAUUACGACGUCGUCAAACGCCAGAGCGACAUGAAAACCGAGAAAACCCAACAACCAAACUAAAAAGCUUUGCCCUUUGCCGGGAGUCUUGUCCGGAGGAUUUUCUUCAGCAGCCGGUGGAAGCACUGUUGAAAAGGAAAUGCAACGCAGGUCCGCUCCUGUCAGGCACGACCUUUACGUCGUCUUCGUUCCAGCCAAGCAGAACGGGCUUCCUCCAGAUGCUGAAUCCUUCUCCUUUUCAUCUCCAACCCGACCUGCGAAGCCUGGGACAUUCUCGCCUCCUGACGGUGCUUUGCUGGCUCCUCCAGUCGGACCUUCGCCCGCACCGGCUCCUCGACCAGCAUUCAAACAUUAUGGUGUCUUUUCUUCGGAUAGUCUCCUGAUAAUAUAACAUCUUGGGCUAUAAUUAUAUACAUUUAUCUUA